UCGAUCAAUUUGUAUUUAAAAAUGACCUAUAUAUCCAGGAGCUGCACAGAGAGCCGGUAGAAGGCACCCCCGGCGGUAGCGGCGGUGUGAAGGGCAUGUCGACGCAGGAGGCCGAGCGGACCUUCGUGAAGAUCGCGUGCCAGCUCGACACGUACGGCGUCGACCCGCAUCCUGUGAAGGUUUGGGACCACAGAGGCAACCAGUUGUACCUGGGCAUCAACCACAGCGGCAUCCUCACGUUCCAGGGCAGUCGGAAGACGCACCAUUUCAAGUGGUCCGAAGUGCACAAGAUCAACUUUGAAGGAAGGAUGUUUAUUGUACAUCUUAAUUAUCCAGAGAAAAAGCACACGGUUGGUUUUAAAUGUCCGAACGGUCCGGCCUGCCGCCACGUGUGGUGCUGCGCUAUUGAACAGAUGCUGUUUUUCACGUUACCGUCUUCAUCUGACGCGUGUGUGUACUCGGGCGGCGGCCUGUUCUCGUGGGGCACCAAGUUCAAAUACUUCGGCCGCACCGAGCGAGAGAUCCUGGAGAGGGAUGGACUGCUCGCACCGAGGGACUCACAGGAGGAGGGCUCAAGCACAGGCGGCAAGCGGAAAGCGUCGAGCGUGCCCGCCACGCCGUCCACGCCCAUGACCGGCGACUUCGGCUACAGCAGCCUGCCGCGCUCGACGCACAGCGCGCCGCUGGAGGAGAGCGGCCCCGACGAGUGCAACGGGGCCUGUCUGCUCAGCGGGCCCGCCGUCGACAUCGCGCUCGCCUGCGCCGACACCGCGCACGACGACAAGCCGCACGCGUUGCCGGCGGAGUAUAGCCUCCGGGACUCGUUCGAGCACUCGUCGUCGGAGUCGGGCGUGACGAUGGGCACGCUGGGCGCGGGGGCGGGCGGGGGCGCGGGCGGGGGCGCGGCGGGGGGCGCGGCGCGGGGCGCGUGCGGCGGGGGGCGCGGCUUCAGCCUGCUGCGCGCCUUCGUGCCGUCGUUCGUGGUGGUGUGGGUGUCGCUGGCGCUGCUGGCGCUGCUGCUGUUCGAGACGGAGCUGCCGGCGCUGGCGGCGUGGCGGCGCCUGCCCGAGCUGCGCGCGCUGCGCACUCUCUACUACGCGCCGCUGAAGGCCUACCUCAAGCGGAAGGUCGUCGAGCUGUUCUGAUUCCCGCCCGCGCCCGCUCCUCCACCACAGUGUCAAAUUAUUACGGCGCGUACCUACCUUAACGUCGAAUUGCUCCCGCCAGAAAUACACGAACUCGAGUGCAAACCAAAACUCCACUUAGAAUGUAUUGUAAACGAAAGUAACAAAUUUUAUAAGAGUCUCCAUGAUACAUCCUCCGGUCUUGUAUUUCUGGCGAGAUCACAACGAGUCUUAUUUGUACAAUAUCUUCGCGUACCUAAACUAAGUCACCGCUAUACGCUUUCUUAUAGUACAAUUAAUUUUUAAGCUUGUCACUACUUGUCUCGCACGCCACACAAGAUUUAUGGAAAACAUCGUGAUAGUGGGUACUGUGUCAAUAGAGGCUUUAAAAUUAUAAGAAUAAACUUAAAAUAUGACAUUUAAGAAGAAUUAAAAUUCAUUGACUUGUUAAUUUUAGGAAACUUUUUUAUGUUUUUCAUCAAAACGUAUUUGUAAACAAAAAUAACACAUAAGUUGACUAGAUUUAUAUAAUAUAAUAAGGAGAUCGAGUGCUCUUAUUAAGAUCAUUGAAUUAACACUUGUGUGGAAUAUUAGAAAGAUAAUAUACCUAUUGAAGUGCAUGUCGAGAGCUGGGAUCUCGGAAUAAGUUAGUAAAAUGUGUUAUUGAAGAAGUAAAUGGGAACGAAUGUAUACAAUGUAUUUAUACUUUAUUUGUGCUUAGACAUUGAUAGACCACUUCCUUUAAAAAAUCUCAUAAAAAAUUAAAUGUGAUUGCUAUCCAAAAGUGGAGGCAAUUAUAAGCUGAACAAAAUUUUGACCCUGGAGGAAGAUAAUGUUGUCUUAGCACAAAAUAUGACCGGAGUUGAAUGGGCUUUGCCUUAAUCUAAACAGUACAUUUGACAAAGCAAAUAUUUAGUUAUGUAAGUUUUUUUUUUUGUUAUUAAGAAGCCUGUAUUGAAACAUGUAUCCAGUAUUUUGUGAUUAGUGAUUGCAGAUUGUGGGUUUACAUGUUCCUAAUUGUUUUUAUACAUUGGCCUACAGCUUCGAACGGCCUCACCGGAUGUUCUACAAACAUUUGUGAAUUAGUUCAAAUAUUCAUUCUUUCUCUCUAGUCUACCACGAUAUUUGAAUCUCAUUUUAUAUUUCAACGAUAUCUAACAUUCCACCUAAUAAUUUAGUCUUCCAAUACGAUUUUUUGUAGUGCUUUAAUAAUCGUUCAUUUUAAACUAAUAAUUAAGUAUUGAGCACAAAGCAUUUAAACUUUAGUUAUUAGAUGUGCCAUCAAUUAUAUUUUUAAACUAGUCUUAAUGAAUCUUGGUCCUAUUUUCUGCACAAUUAUUCUAUAAGUUUGUAUAUGUGUAAACGUUAUUUAUUAUGUAUUUGUUAAACACAAUAUUAAAUUAUUUUACUUAUGACACGAUUCAAUGUUGUUAAUGCCUUACUAGAGUGAGUGUGUUAGACUUAAGUACUUAAUUAGACGCUUCAUUUGCCUAGUCAUUAUAUAUGUAAAUUAUUUUCAAUCAGUAAUAUAUUAGCACUUACUCAUAAGGUUCAUAACAAUUGUAAAUCAAUGUGAUUUGAAUAUUUUUCACUCGACGUAAAUAUGCCAACUACUUACUGUGCAGUGGACACAGCUCACUACGUCCAAAAUACACAAUGUAGUAAAAUACAGUAUGAUGCCGAUCAUGCAAAAAAUUUCUUUAAAAAAAAAAACAAAAAAAAUGUUGAAACGGUAAGAUCGUGGCCCAUGCCAGUACCGCGAAUUGAAUAAAACAAAACUUUUUACAGUAAGCAACGUUUCGCUUCACUUCACAUCGCUUGAUCAUUAUUUUAUUGAAAUGUCAAUUAAAAUUACUAAACUCAAUGGUGAACAAGUAUGGACUGCGUCGCAUUAAACUAGAAUUGACUAGAUAGACUUGUAAAAAUGACAAAAACUAAUUUCUUCGUAGUCUUGUAAUACUCGUAGCUGAUAUAAUAAAACAUUUAUUUUUUUCUUUGUGGACCAACAUGCUAUGGAAGUUAAGUUUGUAUGUACCUAAAUACUUAUUUUUAUACCGUUAUUGCUUUUUGAUUCUUAUUACGCUUAGAAUUAAGAAUCUCUAUAAUGUUAUGAACAGGAAUGAAAAGUGGGAAAUGAUUUGGAAUGCUAAAGAGGGUUUAUUUCGACAAUGUUAGAUGCCAAACAGAGUUUUUACAGAUUUAGUAUUGUUUCUCUCACUGCGCGAUACCAGCGCCCGGGACCGGGGCCCGUGUGUGACCACACUACCGGCCGUCAGUCUGUCAGAGCUCUGCGUAUCGUGAACUCGUUAUAAAUAGUCAUGUAAUUGUAGUCUAAGAACAAACAUAGCUUUUAGUUAACAUUUUUGAAAAUCAUAGAGGUUUUAAUAAAACAUCCUGCCGAAAUCGA